CGCCAGCAGUAAUGGUGGCGGCGGCGGCGGCGGCGGCGGCGGCGGCUGAGGCGGCGAGAGGCUGCUGUGGUUAACGCCGGUCCUUCCCGCAGAGCUGGUGAUUAUUUGAAGGACUGGCAAAUGUAUUUCGAAGUGGAAAAUGGCAGUAUUCCACCAACUUCGUUAGAGAACUAACUUAUCCAAACAGAGGUGAAAAAGGAGUAAAAUUGUAAGAAAAUGCUUGGAUCAGAACGUGGGGUUGUAGAAGAAUGGCUUUCGGAAUUCAAGGCAUUACCUGAAAUGCAAGUAUCCAGUUAUGCAGCAACACUUCACCGAAAGAAAGCAUUGGUUCCAGCUCUUUAUAAGGUCAUUCAAGAUCCAAAUAAUGAGCUUCUGGAGCCUGUCUGCCACCAGCUCUUUGAACUCUAUCGUAGUUCUGAGGUUCGUCUCAAACGGUUUACGCUGCAGUUCUUGCCAGAACUAAUCUGGGUUUAUCUUCGUCUUACUGCCAGCAAAGACAGACAGAGUAAUGGUUGCAUUGAAGCCCUGCUUUUGGGGAUUUACAACUUGGAAAUUGCUGACAAAGAUGGGAACAAUAAAGUUUUAUCUUUCACCAUCCCUUCCUUAUCCAAGCCAUCAAUUUACCAUGAGCCAUCUACUAUUGGAUCCAUGGCUUUGACUGAGGGAGCCCUAUGUCAGCAUGACCUCAUCAGAGUGGUUUAUAGUGACCUUCACCCUCAAAGAGAAACAUUCACUGCGCAGAACAGGUUUGAGGUGCUGAGUUUUCUUAUGCUGUGUUACAACUCUGCGAUCGUCUAUAUGCCUGCCUCUUCCUAUCAGUCACUUUGCAGGAUGGGUUCCAGACUCUGUGUGAGUGGGUUUCCACGGCAACAUGAGAAAUGCUGGAAGGAAGAUUGUGGCCGAGUGGUACUGGAUCCUGACUUCAUGGUGCAGCUGCUCACUGGUGUCUAUUAUGCUAUUUAUAAUGGACAGUGGGAAGUUGGCCAAGAAGCACUAGAUGACAUAAUUUACAGAGCCCAGCUUGAACUUUUUUCUCAGCCACUGUUGGUUGCAAAUGCUAUGAAGAAUUCAUUGCCCUUUGAUGCUCCUGAUGCAUCUCAAGGAGGACAGAAGGUGUUGAAGGUGGAGGUUACUCCAACUGUGCCGAGGAUUUCUCGGACUGCCAUUACAACAGCUUCAAUCCGUCGACAUCGCUGGAGAAGAGAAGAUGGCUUUGACUUCUCAAGCGAUGCUGACUUGAGCAUUCCCGGAUCUCCGAUCCUACACGGCUCCACAGACCUAGGGAUCAAACGCAAGCAAGAGGGGGACGUGCUGGUGCUCAGGACCCCUGAGCAUGGCUCACCGGAGCCCAACCUGGCAACAGCCACAACAGAGGAUGGUGAGGGUGUCAAUGGAAGAGAAGAAUCUGUGAAUCUUAAUGAUGCUGAUGAAGGAUUUUCAUCUGGGGCAUCCCUGAGCAGCCAGCCAGUUGGAGCCAAACUUUCAUCCACAUCACAAAGGGGCAGCUUAAGGAAAGGAGUGAGUGGGCGUUCAGCCAAGGAUAAGGAGAUUUCUACACCUACCAAAUCCAUGGAGAGCCCUCGAGAAUCUGCCCGUAAGCAGUACCUGAACCAGUCUAUUGACCUCAAUACAGAUGCAAUUGAAAUGACUCCUACAAAGAAACACCUGAGCCUGCCUGCUGGGCAGGUGGUGCCAAAAGCCAAUAGUGUGAGCCUGAUUCGGACUGCUAGUGCUUCUUCCAGUAAAUCAUUUGACUAUGUGAAUGGCAGUCAAGGGGGUUCAGGAGUUGGUGUUGGCGGUGAGGGUGUUACUAACUUAGCAGCUGGCAACACCAAUCGGUUUUCAACCAUUAGUCUACAGGAGGACCGCUUAGGCCAAGCUGGAAAUGGCAAAGAUGUCAUCUCGCCAGGAGCUCCUCUGACCAAGCAGUCCCGAUCCCCAAGUUUCAAUAUGCAACUCAUAUCCCAGGUUUAACUUCGUUGUCCUUCCUCUACUUUCCCCCUUUUGCCCAAUUCCUCGUUGAGCAACAACAGCAACCAUCAUCCUAUAGUGUGAAAAUCCUGGCUUUUGUGAUCUUGUUCAAUUCAUUUUAGAUGUCAUACUAUAUUUUGUACUGAAACAGCAAUAAAACCUCAUGUUCCAAUCCCCCCCCCCUACCCUUGCCCUCCCUAAAUGUUGUUGUGAAGCAAGUAUAAGAUGUACUUUAUGCCUUUUCCAUGCCUUCCUUUCUCCUUGGGUGAUGUGCAAUCCAUUGUAGGCUGAUCAGUCCCAUUUCAACACUGUGAGUUUUGAGAAGAUCGGAGGAAAUGGUGAAUGUGAUCCCUAUGAAAAUGAAGCUUUGGCUUUUUUUUUUUGAGAAAUAGAAACGGGUUAGCUUUCUCAAUCUACAGUUCUGCAAAGACUACUGGACUGUGACUUUUUGUCUCUUAGAACCAGGAGUGCCUCAGAGAUUCUAAUAGGACUUUGGACCUCUGAGUGAGUGCAAUCAAUUCCAAGGGAGGGAAACGCUGCCAUUGCUCCUGGUGGCUGUCUGAAUGCACUUUGUCAUGAAAAUGAGAGCAGUCCUCCCUCUCUACCAUCCUCUAUUCUUCCUCCCCAAACACUUCACGUUCAGCAAUUGAGACAUGCACGUUUUCAAGUGGUUGCCUCCUCAGAAAGAGUGGGCUGUAAGUAGACAGUGUAGGUUACAAUGCACUUUUAAUGGCGUUGUAGCCAUAUUUCAUGUUACAUGUCUUCCCCGUCCAGGACACAGGGUUGAUUUGCCUAUAUGCCAGGACUUCAUGAAAGAUGAAUUAUGUUCAAAAUAAGUGAGAAGUAGAAAAGGAGCACACAGGCUUGCCCAGCACUGCUCCUUUUAAAAGAAGCUAUUUUUGUAAGUUGAUAUUCUUUGAAAUGAACAAGAAACUGCAGAUGAAGAGAGGCUGCUUGCUGUGGUGUGACUAAAUUUAGUCACAGAAUAGACUCGGAAAUCUGCGGUAAAUACAGAAUGUUCUCCAGAAAGAUAUGCCAGGAACAGAGCCAGUGGCUGCAGGAAACAUAGGUGACUGAGUCCUCUUAAAACCUUUGCCCAAACAAUGGGUUUUUUGGCAGUCCUAUCUCCCAGAAGGGUAACAAUUCACUGCCUAUAUUUUGAUUAAUCUAUUGCAGUUGUGACUAUUUCAUCUAGCUAAUGUAAGGGGAGAGGUGGAAUCCUCUUCCCUCUAAUAAUCUGGGAACUCGUAUAAUUGAAACUAAUUUUGAAUGCAUGUGACUGGUGUGUGGGCAAUAUUUGGCGUUUACGCUGUAGAUCACUGCUUUAAAUUGCAUUUCUUAUUCUAAAGAAAAGUAUUCAUCAUGUUUUGGACAGUCUUGUGUAUACAUCAACAGCAUAAGGGGGAAUUUUGCCCUUUUAUCCCUUGUACAUUGAUCUGGAAAUGUGCAGGUUAUGAAUCUUAAGAAAAAGCUGUUAAGUUCUGUCUCCCAACUCUGGCAUUUUGGGUUCAUUACAUUGGAGAGGAAGGUUGGGAGGAGUAGAAACAAUAGGUUAUUUUUAGAGAGAAUAAAGACUAUGAUAUUUAGAACUACAAAGUGCCAUUACUCUGCUAAAUAAAUGAAAACAAAUUUUUAAAUAUAAUUGACAACUUCCAGUUCUGCUGCUCUCUUGCUUCCCUGACUCAUAACUUUUAAAAUUCCACUUUUUCAAAAGGACCUAGCCUACCUAAUAGCAAUGUUGUUUUGUACCAUUGCUGUAAGAGUUAUAGCAGUUCUGUAAAGGGUUCUUACUGAAGCUAAACUAAUGUUGAACCAUUACAUACUAAGGGAUGGAUUUAGAGAAAGUUAUUUACACUUAGUUUCCCAUUCAAAGCAGUGGGACCUUUAAUGACAAAGCUAUUACCUUGAUUUCCCUCAGACCUGAGUUCAACUAAAUUAGUUUGAAUCCAAUCCUGUAUAAUUGAAACUCAGGAAGGUUCACUUGUGAUUAAAUGCAACUAAUAAAUAUCCAAAGUAAUAACUAAACAGUGUGUAAGGUGUCGACUAGACUUCUUUUGGCUCUGAAGUCAGUCAUUAUAGGAAACAUCUAGAAGGUAUACUUCAGAAAGUGCUUAUGUUCCAUAGACUGGUGAAGGAGCCUGGUCACACCUCUUAAUUUUCUAGCAUACUGGUGGGAUCCACUCUCAAUUAUUGUUCUAUAGAAACAUUUCCUUUAAAAAAACAAAUAGCAGAAACUAUAGCCAGGUCCCCAAAGGCUGCAUGACUAGUUCCUUAGGCUUUGGGUUUGGUAAACAACAACUCACCAUGCCGACUGUCAAACCAUGUUUCAAAUGGAGGGAGCUUUUAAAAGAAAAUUGUGAAUCACGACCAUGGUGGCGAUAGCUCUGGUUGCAAUUAUACUGGAAAUUUAAAAAUAAAAACCACUGGGUAUGACCAAGCUCAUAGGCACAUCUCAAGUACCUUUUAGGAUCCCACUCUAUGUAGUCUACACAAAUGAAGCCAAAAAGAGAAUCUUAGUCAAAAGAGGGGAAAUUUACAUUAUUGUAAAGCAGGGCUGGGGGACCUGAGCUUUUUCAGCUGCUUUUGACUAUUGUUCCCAUCGUCCCUGAUCAUUGGUUAUGUUGGCUGAGGCUGAUGGGAAUUGGAGUUCAAAAAAGCAUCCUAUCCCCUUCCCUUGGCUGACGUGUGCUGAGGACCAAAUCGGUUGUUUGUACUUUUUCUUUCUGAAAGACACGGAAGUGAGAUGUUCAAACGAGUUUUGGAAGAACGCGCCAGCCUAUUCUGAUUUGUAAUGGCAUGUACACAAAGUGCAGAAAUGCGUAUUAUACAUCCCAAUGGGUGGUAGUCCUGCUAUCAGGUUUGAAUGUGUUUAACAAUAAAUCUUUAUUGCUUAUUAAAAAGAAAACCAAAAGAUGUUGUGUAUCUUCAGCACAUUAAAAUUACAAAAAAAUAAUAAAUUAUAUAUAAUGUUUGUGUGUGGGAUGGAGGCUGUCUCAGAUAAGGCUGCUGAAACCCAAAUUGGUUCUUUUUUUUGUUGUGCAGUAGAAACAUCUUGUACUUGGUUCUUUUGUUUUUAGUGCCUUCUGGCAUAAAUCUAAUAUUUGCUUGCUGCUCUUCUUCUUAAAUUCCUUUUAUUGUCCUCUUUUGACGCAGUUCAGAUUCUAUCCCUGUUUUAAUAUGCACUUUCCCAAUAUUGUGGGUUCAAGUGGUAUGCUUUCCUUGUCCCCCAAGGAUCUUUAUGGUAUGUUCUGUAACAGAUAAAUGCUGCUGGGCGUCUUUUCUUAACGGUGUGUGUUUGUGUGUCACCUGCUGGUAUCAAGCAGUCAUUUUAACGGGUCCAUGUUGAUGCUGUUGGAGCAUCUGUUGGUGUAUGUGCUGCUCCAUGCUAUGGUGUUCCAAAGUUCUAUCGAAAACCUGUACUGUCUGGUGCUUAAGGGAUUUUAAGUACUGGCUCAAUAUAGAUGUAACACCUCUCCCCUCCCCACUCAUUUUUUUAAAAAAACCCCAUGUUUGAUACUGGGAGUUAGCCCAAGUGUGCUCCUUUCCUCUUAGCACCUUGACUUUUGCACGCUCUCCUCCUCCUUUCUGCUAAAAUCCCACCCACUUUCGUUUAUUUCUGGAUUUGGUGGCACACUAGUUCUCGGGAGUGUUUUGAGUAUCUAUAAUGUAUUUUAGAAAUAUUAAUACAAUACCAAAAGUAUACAGAGAGUCAAACACUAGCUUUCAGUUGCUGGCUUAAAGCCUGACUUGGGGUGAGCAUUCAACUUGACACAGACACUAUGCUAACAACAUGUUGAAAAGGAAGGAGGACACAGGGAAGGAGCCAAGAGCAUGUGACCCCAAGGGAGCUCCCAAUAUUUUAAUCAUCUUAAGAGACUAGAGAAAUACUAGGUCUUCAUUGAGCCACUGUGCUUUCUCAAGAAAUGAAUUGAACUGAAAUGAUACAGCAUUGAAUUGAUGUGGAAAGGCCAGAGUUGUCAAAUGAACUCUGAUUUAUCAUUUGCCUUACGAGCUGUUUACAGCGUAUUUUUAGUCACUUCCUAAUAACUCGUGACAAAAACAGUAUUUUCAUUUAAAGCCCUUUCCCCAUAAUUACUGUUAUUGUCACAGCUUCUGCUUUUUAGAGUGUGGUUUUACACUUUAACAUCUUGUGUUUAAACUGAAGGUACCUUGUGGAGGAAUGUGAGCAGGACAUAUGUUAGUUGAAAAUGUGAUGUUCAUGUGAGAUUUUGCAGGAAAAAUCUCUGAGCUGGAGAGGUUAGGAUCAUAGUUCAAUGCAACAAUUUUCACUUGCAAACCUCUAGGGUGGAAUAACGUUACUUUUGAACAGUCCCACAAUUAAAUAAUAUCCUGCUUUUAAUUUUGCCCAUGAUUUAUGUAUGAGGAAAGGUGAACAUACAAUUGCAAACAGACUUAUUUUAGUUAUGUUUGGAUAUUGGGUAAGGGAGCUAUCGUUUCAUGCUGCAGUCAACAGUGUGAGAUGUAGUGGCUAGAUAUCAAACAAUGUUAAGCACUAUAUUGAGAAUGAAAGUGUAUUAUUGUACAUCUGAAGAGUGCAACUUAAGGGCAGGACUUCGGUUCAGUUCUUAAAGUGAUUAUCAGCGUGAAACUAAAGUUCCAUAUGGAAGUGAUGAAUUUGUAUCACAGUGGAUAUGUAUUAAUGUAGGUUUUGCAAAUUUAGUUAGUGUCUGAUACAUAUAGCAGAUGCUCUAAUUAUCUUGUUUCUCUUCCUAGAUUUAAGCUUGGCAAGUUCAAAUAUUUUGCCAUUGAAGUAAGGAAAAUCACAAUGUUUUCAAACAAUUUUAUUUGCACUAUUUUGUGAACAGUAGAGUUGCAGGGGUGAAGGACUGGUCACCCCCUUAUUGGAUGAGUGUAUGCAAAUAGGUACAUUUGUCAUGUGUUGACAAUCGAUUGCCUCAGUUGUUUGUAUGCAAUAUGUAAAUAUAACCGUAAUAUUUUCUUGCCUCCAAAAAAAGUUAAGGUUUGCCUUUUCAUUUUUAUUAGUGUUUACCUGUAAGUUAAAAGAUUGAUUAAAAUUAGGUUUGAAAGUACUCAUUUUAGGGUAGGGAAAGCUACCCCUCUGGCCAUGGUUUUAAGCUAAGAUGAUUUCCCCUUCUGAACUCACACACUGCAACAAUAAACAGUUCAGGAUGUUAGACAGAUUGUCAAACAUACUGAAAGAAUGGCCAAACCUAAAAAAAUAAAUAAAAAAAAUUGGAUAAAAUUAUAAUUUCAGAUGUUUUGUUUCUUAACAUCUUAUAGGUUUAGACAGGAAGAUGGAAAACACUGCGAUUAUAAACUGCCUUUAGUACUCAAAAUAUAAGCUGGGAAUAUUCAGUCCAUGCCAAAUACUGUUGAGUUGAUACAUUAUCUAGUAUUAAAUACGUUAAAUAAACUAAUGCCUAUAGGCUCAAUUUAUUUUUGCAAACCUCUGCUUGGGUUAAUUCCCAGUUAAUCUGCUUCAUUCCAACAGUUUUAACAAAUCUUAUCUAGUUUGUUUUAUACAGAUAAAUAUUAAAACAGAUAAAUCUAGAGAAAGUAAAGCAUUCUUGUAUCUAACGGACAUCAAGG